UUGUGGUCGCCAUCUUGCUGGUGGCAUUACUGGGUAAUCGGGCCCUGGCUCGGCGCGUCCGGCGGAUCCCCCUGCAAGCCAGCGGGCCAGGUCUGAGCUCGGGCUCGCACCCCGAGCAGCUUGAGUCCCCUGACCCGCGCCCUCAGGUCUCAGCGGCGGUGGCAGCCGAGGUGCAGGAUGCGAGAAGGCGCCCCCCGGCCGGGCUCCCGCUCCAGGCCUCGCUCCCCUGCGGCCCUCUGAGCCCACCAUGGCCGUUCCGCCGGGCCAUGGUCCCUUCUCUGGCUUCCCAGGGCCCCAGGAGCACACACAGGUACUGCCCGAUGUGCGGCUACUGCCACGGAGGCUGCCCCUGGCCUUCCGGGAUGCGACGGCGGCCCCGCUUCGCAAACUCUCAGUGGACCUCAUCAAGACCUACAAGCACAUCAAUGAGGUCUACUAUGCGAAGAAGAAGCGGCGGGCCCAGCAGGCACCACCUCAGGACACGAGCACCAAGAAGGAAAAGAAGGUCCUGAACCACGGAUACGACGAUGACAACCAUGACUACAUAGUGCGCAGCGGGGAGCGCUGGCUGGAGCGCUACGAGAUUGACUCGCUCAUCGGCAAAGGCUCCUUUGGGCAGGUGGUAAAGGCCUACGAUCAUCAGACCCAGGAGCUGGUGGCCAUCAAGAUCAUCAAGAACAAAAAGGCCUUCCUGAACCAGGCCCAGAUCGAGCUGCGGCUGCUGGAGCUGAUGAACCAGCAUGACACAGAGAUGAAGUACUACAUAGUGCACCUGAAGCGGCACUUCAUGUUCCGGAACCACCUGUGCCUGGUGUUCGAGCUGCUCUCCUACAACCUGUACGACCUCCUGCGCAACACGCACUUCCGCGGCGUCUCGCUGAACCUGACGCGGAAGCUGGCGCAGCAGCUCUGCACGGCACUGCUCUUCCUGGCCACGCCCGAGCUUAGCAUCAUCCACUGCGACCUCAAGCCUGAGAACAUCCUGCUCUGCAACCCCAAGCGCAGCGCCAUCAAGAUCGUGGACUUUGGCAGCUCCUGCCAGCUUGGCCAGCGGAUAUACCAGUACAUCCAGAGCCGCUUCUACCGCUCUCCCGAGGUGCUGCUGGGCACGCCCUACGAUCUGGCCAUCGACAUGUGGUCCCUAGGCUGCAUCCUCGUGGAGAUGCACACUGGGGAGCCCCUCUUCAGUGGCUCCAAUGAGGUGGACCAGAUGAACCGGAUUGUGGAAGUGCUGGGCAUCCCGCCAGCCCCCAUGCUGGACCAGGCCCCCAAGGCUCGCAAAUACUUUGAGCGACUGCCGGGGGGUGGCUGGACCCUACGCAGGACAAAGGAACUCAGGAAGGAUUACCAGGGCCCCGGGACACGGCGGCUGCAGGAGGUGCUGGGCGUGCAGACGGGCGGGCCCGGGGGCCGGCGGGCGGGGGAGCCGGGCCACAGCCCCGCCGACUACCUCCGCUUCCAGGACCUGGUGCUGCGCAUGCUGGAGUAUGAGCCGGCCGCCCGCAUCAGCCCGCUGGGGGCUCUGCAGCACGGCUUCUUCCGCCGCACUGCCGACGAGGCCACCAACACGGGCCCGGCCGGCAGUAGUGCCUCCACUUCGCCCGCACCCCUCGACACCUGCCCCUCCUCCAGCACCGCCAGCUCCAUCUCCAGCUCGGGAGGUUCCAGUGGCUCCUCCAAUGACAACCGGGCCUACCGGUACAGCAACCGAUACUGUGGGGGCCCUGGGCCCCCCAUCACUGACUGUGAGAUGAACAGCCCCCAGGUCCCACUUUCUCAGCCGCUGCGCCCCUGGGCGGGGGGUGAUGUGCCCCACAAGACACAUCCGGCCUCUGUCUCCGCUGUGUCACUGCCAGGGGCGGGGGCCCAGUUACCCCCCCAACCCCGAUGCCUUGGCCGACCCCCAUCACCCACCUCACCGCCUCCCCCGGAGCUGAUGGAUGUGGGCCUGGCGGAUGGCCCCGUGGACUGCUCCCUGCCUCACCCAGCGCCUGUGCCCCAGCACCCGGCUGCCUCAGCCCUCCGGACUCGGGUCACAGGAGGUCGCCCGCCCCUCCCGCCUCCCGAUGACCCUGCAGCCCUGGCACCUCGCUUGGGCCUCCGCAGUGUGCCCCAGAGCACGGCAGCCAGCUCAUGACCCCGCCCCCUCCCUGGGGCCCCUCCUGAAGCCAUACCCCCCCACCCACCCAUCUGGGGGCCCUGGGCUCCCAUCCUCAUCUCUCCCCUCGACUGGCAUUGCUGCUACCCAGCUGGGGUGGGUGAGGCCUGCACUGACCGGGGCCUAGGGCAGGGGGUGGAGGAGAGGGGUUCAGGCACACCCUCCCACUAAGGACUGGACCCUCGGCCCCCUUCCCUUUGUUUUCUAUUUAUUGUACCAAAGACAGUGGUGGCCCGGUGUUUGGGAGACCCCUCUCACCCCAGGGCCCUAGGAGGGGGUGGGGGCAGGUAGGGGGAGAUGGCCUUGCUCCUCCUCGCUGUACCCCCCAGUAAAGAGCUUUCUCACA